AUGCUGCUAAGGCUUGCGCGUGUGAGGCCGCUGUGCCGGAGACACGCUGUGCGGACUGUGGGUGGGAUUUUUGCGCGCCAGAGUGUUAGAAUUCCUCGGCGCCAGCUCCAAACCUCGGCGCCGCUUCGGAGCUCGCUCGAAAUUCGGUUCGACGAGAUGGACCCUGAGCUCCAAGAAAUGCUCACCGAAGAACGGGCCGUCGACACUGUGGACGUGUGCAUAGUGGGAUGCGGCCCAGCAGGACUGGCCACGGCCAUCAGGCUCAAGCAGCUUGACCAGGACGGGGAUUUGCGGGUGGUGGUGCUCGAAAAGGCCCCUGACGUCGGAUCUCAUAUUUUGUCUGGGGCGAUCCUCGAACCCCGGGCCUUGCGCGAGCUGUUCCCGGAGAGCGAGUACUACGACGCAGACGGCGCAGGAAUCCCUCUGCCGCCGGAGCUGGUGAGUCUUGUGACAGAAGACCACAUGAAGUUGCUGUUCAAGAACGGGUCUGCCGUGCCGCUGCCCGAGCCGCCGCAGAUGGUCAACAAGAACAGGAACUACAUUGCGUCGCUGUCGGAGGUCGUCAAGUACCUUGCCGAGCAGGCAGAGGCCGUCGGCGUCGAGAUAUAUUCCAACACGGCCGUGAGCGAGUUGGUGUACGAUAGCAAAGGUCACGUGAAAGGCGUGGCCACCAAGGACAUGGGCAUCUCGAAAAACGGCACGCCGUCGGACUCGUUUGAGCGCGGCAUGGAGUUCCACGCGCGUAUGACGGUGCUGGCCGAAGGGUGCCACGGCUCGCUGUCGAAACAGGCCAUCAAGAAGUUUGGACUGCGCGCCGGUUGCAGCCCGCAAACGUACGGCCUGGGUAUCAAGGAGGUGUGGGAGGUGAAGCCGGAGAAUUUUAAGAAGGGCUACGUUGCACACACGCUGGGAUACCCGCUGGACAAGGACACGUACGGGGGUGGAUUCCAGUACCAUUUUGGCGACGGCCUGGUGACUGUGGGGCUGGUUGUGGGGCUGGACUAUAGAAAUCCGUGGAUCUCGCCGUACCAGGAGUUCCAGAAAAUGAAGCACCAUCCGUUUUAUAGAAAGGUGUUGGAGGGCGGCAAGUGCAUCUCGUACGGCGCCCGUGCGCUGAACGAGGGUGGCUACCAAUCUGUGCCGAAGCUGCACUUCCCCGGCGGCGUUUUGGUGGGGGCGAGCGCCGGGUUCAUGAACGUGCCGAAGAUCAAAGGCUCGCACACAGCAAUGAAGUCGGGCAUGAUGGCGGCAGAAAGCAUGUACGAUGCGGUGGUGGCGCUGAAACGUCAGCAGGGCGACGUGGAAGAAGGCGAGGUGCUGCCCGAGUGGGACGCGCUAGAUCUGGAGCAGUACCAGGUCGCGUACGACCGGUCAUGGGUGCGCGAGGAGCUGUACGAGGUGCGCAACAUCCGGCCUUCUUUUGGCUCGAAACUCGGUAUGUGGGGGGGGAUGUGCAUGUCGGGGCUGAUUGCGAUGAUCACACGCGGCCGGGAGCCCUUCACGCUGACGCACAAGCACACGGACGCCGAGCUUGUGGAGGACGCGGGCAAGUAUGCCAAGAUCGAGUACCCAAAGCCUGACGGUGAGAUCUCGUUUGACAUCCUCACGUCGGUCUCGCGCACGGGCACGUACCACCAGGAGAACGAGCAAUGCCAUCUGCGCGUGCCCGAUCAGGACAUGGCGAAGCACACGUCCAAGGCGUACCCGAAAUACCAGGGCAUCGAGCAGAGGUUUUGCCCGGCGGGCGUUUACGAGUACCUGCCCGACGAAAAGUCGCCCGAAGGUGUGAUUUUCCAGAUCAACUCGCAGAACUGCAUCCAUUGCAAGACCUGCGACAUCAAGGUCCCCACGCAGGACAUUGACUGGACUGUGCCAGAAGGCGGCGACGGGCCGAAGUACCAGAUGACCUAGGCUGGGGGAGGGACCAGAGUAAAUACUGCACUACAUGAAUUUAAUAUAUUACCAUAAUUUAGUCUCUGCCCAUGGCCUUAUCCCACGUAGGCUUGGUUUGCUGCAGCCAAAAUUCGAAUCUGUCGCGGGCACUGGAAAAAGAGUCAAGUGCAGGUCUCACGUCAAGGAAAAACGUAGGCAUGCCGUCCUCAUCCUCAGGACCUCCAUAGUAAUCGAUCACAUACCGCACUUGCCGCCAGCCGCCAUGGCCGUCCCCACGCAGCACCGUCCAGUCGUGUCUGUCAAAUGGCGGCUCCGUUGCGUACUUAUCUGGGAACAGCUUGCCCAUGAUCUGGUAAAACCGCGCACGAGGAGUCAAGUCGUGCGGCCGGCCCGUGAACUUCAGCAGCCGGGGCUCCUGCUUCGUCUGCUCUGUGUGGGGUUUCUCCCACUUAAGAAUCUCGCUCCACGCACCUUCGUUCAGGAAAUUGUGGAUGUUCACCAUGCUUUCCACAGCGUCUUCCGGCACGUCUCCCUUGCCCUUGCGGAUCAUGGCAUUGAACAUCUGCUGCGGAGAUGGAUACUCCCACACGCCCUGGUCCGGCACAUCUCCCCGUGGAAUCGACGACAGCGUUCUCUCGGUCGGCAGGUCGAUCUUCUGGCCUGGAACCUUGUCGGUAGGGAGCACGUACGGCAUGUUGUUAAGCGGGUUGAUGUCCAGGGUCUCUGCUCCGUCGCUGUGCACCACAGGACAUGCGGCGAGUUUCGUGUGGUCCACCGGACAUUUUGCUGCUCCCGUAGCAGACGGGGAAACCGAUUUCUGUAUUGAGUCUGCCCAAAACCAGCCCAUUAAGUGUAAUUGAUAAAUAUUAACUUAUU